GCUGUCUGUAUAGUAGCUGAGGGCAGUGUUAGUCCUUUUUUCUUGUUGUGUUUCUGUUACAUACUCAUCGCCAUCUUGUUGCAAACCCUUUUCUUGUCUGGAAGAUUCGCAGGGGAUCGGGGCGGGGGGUGGUUUGAUUAGGCAUUUUUACUUGGGAGAAGAAAAGGAGAAGGAACCCCCGGUUUGUUUGUUUUUUUUAAAGUCUCCAGGAUUUUGGAUCCUCCACUGAAAGGCAACCCAAGAGAUGAGCAUUGAGACGCUUUUGGAAGCGGCCAGAUUUCUGGAAUGGCAAGCCCAGCAACAACAGAAAACACGUGAAGAAAAUGAAAAGCACGAAAAGCUCCGCCUAGAAAGAGAACAGGAGCAGAAGAAGGCCAGCGUACAGAAGGUUAACAAUGCCUUUCACCCAGAGGAGCCAAGGAACGAAAUCCCAGCAGUGCCCAUCUCUCCCCCUGCACCAGCUCCUCCUCCUCCUCUGCCGCCACCCCUAGCAGCCCCCAUAUCAGUCAUUCCCAUCCCCGUGGUCACUAGCCCACCUCAACAAGCGGCCCAAAGCACUCUGUCCCCUCCGCUCAUACAGCGCCACCAGCCUCUCAUCAGCACUCCCAGCAUCAGCAAGGAAGUGUCGUCAGUUGCACCUGUUAUACAGAGACCAUCCGGCCCACUUCUUCCAGACGUCAAGGCUGCUACGCCCCCUUCAGGUAGCCCCAAGCAGUUACCGCAGUAUGCAGCUCCCGUACUGGCCAUCCCUCAGCAUCAUGUGGUUCAGCAGCCAAUACAGCCCCAGCCUCAACCACAUCAACCUCUGCAGCAGCACCAGGCGCCGCCUCAGCAGCUCAAUGCUCUUAAGCUGGCCCCGGCAGAAGAUGCCAAACCAAAUGAGCAGAAGAAGAGACCUGGAGGGGUUGGGACCAGGGAAGUACAUAAUAAAUUGGAGAAGAACAGACGUGCACAUUUGAAAGAAUGCUUUGAGACGUUAAAACGCAACAUCCCCAAUGUUGAUGACAAGAAGACCUCAAACCUCAGCGUUCUAAGGAGUGCCUUGCGAUACAUCCAGACUUUAAAGAGAAAGGAGAAGGAAUAUGAACACGAGAUGGAGCGGCUGGCAAGGGAGAAGAUUGCUACCCAGCAGCGACUGGCCGAACUGAAGAACGAAUUGAGCCAGUGGAUGGACAUCCUGGAAAUUGACAGGAUUAUUCGACAGACAGUUCAGCCAGAGGAUGACCAGGCAUCUACCUCGACUGCAUCAGAAGGCGAAGACAACAUUGACGAAGACAUGGAAGAUGACAGGCCCAUGAACUCCUUACCAAAACUAACCCAGCGCCAGCACCCCGAGCUACUGAAAGCUGUCCCUCCAAAUGCUGCUUCGCACCACCCGGCCGUCUUGCCUCAGCACCUGCCUCUACAUCAGAAACAAACCCCGCCCCAUGCGCCGCCUCCCCUCCAGACCCAGGCACUGGUCCAGCCGCAGGCGAUCGUGCCCGCACAGACUCACAUUGUGGCGGCCUCGACGGUGCAAUCGACUGUUAUCGCCCACACCGCCACCACCCACGCGUCAGUCAUCCAGACUGUCAACCAUGUGAUUCAGGGUCCACAGACCAAGCACAUCGCUCACAUUGCACCUUCCACGUCCAGCCCCGUGCAACUCACCACUGCUGCUCAGCCUAUCGGCCACAUCACUGUGCACCAGGCAACCAUAAAUCGCAUGACCCACCUCGGCCAGCAGUUACCCAUUUAUCCUCAGCCAGUGGCCGUCAGCCAGCCGGUCGUGAGCCACAUCGCUCACACGAUUUCUCACCAGCAAGUGAAUGGAACCACAAACCUAGGCCAGCAAACGGUGAUGGCCAAACCUGCUGUAGGAACCCAAGUUGUCCACCAUCAACAGUUAGUUGGGCAAACAGUGCUAAACCCGGUAACUAUGGUCACCAUGCCAUCAUUCCCUGUGAGCACGCUGAAGCUGGCCUAGAACAGGAAGCCCACUGGCAAAGUCUUUGGCAGGCCACCUUUCCUGAAACUCCAUACAUUCCAACCACGUCCGAUUCCAAGGGAGAAAAGUGCAGGAACUCUGUGAACAGGGGAAGAGUGACACAGCUAAGGUUGGGACUGCCAAGUCCAUCCUUAAUCUUUUAAUAACCAACCUGGAAGUGGUAAUGAGAAACGGGGCUUCUCUGCACUUGAAUUUCGCGAAUCAGAGAAAACUUUAAUGACAGUUGUUCAUAGUGAUUUUUUUUCCUUUUACGUGUAAUCAGUGGAAUAUGAAUAUGAUGUUCUGAAGACUUUAAUUUUCCCCUUUCAUGUGUUGCUUCUUUGUAGAAUAAAAAAGGCUGAUGUCUUUAUUGAGACAUUGCGUAGAAUGGGAAAAAAAUCAUAGAAGUCUAUAUUUAUAUGUAUAUGUAUCUGCCCAAAGCUACAUAUAUAUAAAUAAAUAUAACAGUGGAGAAGGCCUUUGGCAAGGUUGAUUGUUUGCAGGAUUUUUAGAUAACUUAAAUGUUAAUUUUUGGAGGAAGAAAGCAGAGUGUCCUCUUUAAAAAAAAAAAAAGAAACUUUAAAGACAGAUGGUUUAGUGGACCAGAGUACAAAUAUUUGAUGACAAAUUUAAAAAAAAAAACAUGUUAAAGGUAUUUCCCUUCAGUAUAUUACAUUUCAGUAAACCAUCUGAAAUCACUGUGACUUGUUAUGGCAUUUAAAGGAAAUUCUCUGUCCUGUUUAAUAAAAGGAAAAAGAAUACACAACCGGACUUCAUUUGUUGGGAUUUCAUAAAUGACUCCAUUUUCACAGCUUUGUCAAAGGAAAAUUUCACAUUUGUUAUUUUCAUGGUUUAAAAAUGUUUUGUUUUGGGUUUGUUUUUGUUGCGAAUGCAAUAAUGGAUUUCACAGACCGCUCUGUGCACGGCUCUAUCUAUUUCAAGAUGCCUCACCCCAGGCCCAUUCCCUAAAAGGAUUCUGACAGAAGCCGUUAUUUAGAACUAGUGGCUUUGCAAUAUACUUCUUCAGUUGGGUGGAAUGGAACCUGGGACAAGAAAGCCGCCAAAAAUGAGGUUGAUUUGUGGUGGUUUUUCCCUGAACGUGACCACGUUUUAGUGCAGGAUAGUGAACGGAUUAGAAAAUGGAUAAAUGUGCAUGUGACAUGCUCCAAAGGGUGAGAGCUUUGAAAAAAAAAAUAAAAUGAAAUGGACUUUAAUUUUGUAUAGGAUAACAGUAUAUUCCAGUAAAUCAGUAUAUAGAACCUGACAGUGUGUCUUACAAAAUACAGUGAAAUCUGCCUAAAGAGCAACCCCCUUCUUAUCUGAAGUGACUACUUUAAAGCAUCCCAAGGUUUCUGGUAUAAUUUGUUCCGUCUUUUGUGGCUGCUGAACCAGAGCCCAUUGAGGUCAGUGGCAAAUUUCCCAUUGACUUCAAUGAGACACAGAUUUUCUACAGGUACUUGCCAUUCUCUUCAGUGGUUGCUUAAGACAUGUUUAAUUAUCUGUUGUUUGAAUCUUCUGUUCCUUGUCCCACUUCCCAUGUCGUGCUAUUGCUAAUGUUCUCCUUUUUCCUUUUUCUUUUUUGAUCUGUAAUUCUGAUGCAGACAAAACUCCCACUGCAGUGAGGGGAAGUUUUGUGUGUGUCAGGGCCAGGGGACGGUGGUCCCUAUGCAGACAUCUGUCCUUUCUUAUCAUGUUACUGUCUGGAAAUGGCUAGUAGCGGGAGUAAAGGUGCAAUUAACUCAACCUCCUUCGGAAGUGACACCAACCCAGAUUAGGAUGUAAGGCGUGCGUUGACUAGUCAAGGGAUUGGAUACCUUCACCACCCUAGCCACUUCGUGUGCAAAUUUGUUUCUGAGUUGAGAUCUUCCCCAGGAAAUGGAUCCUUUUGACUGUAUUUGUCCAAAACUCCCAUUCACUUCAGUGGGAUUUUCACCAGAGUAAGGACCGCAGGAUGUGACUCUCCGGCAUCAUCAGUGUCAGGUAGUUGCCAUACAGUCAUUCAAGUUUAAUUCGAAAAUCUACCCCUGCCCCACACUACAGUUGGAACUGUUGGGAGGAGUGGUUGCUGCUAACACCGUUUCCCUUGCCCAUGUAGACAAGGGUAUUUCUCCUACGAAUUGUGAUAGGCCUGUGUUUAUAAAACCUUGCGUGAAGUGAGGAGCACAGUUAUCAGGGGAAAUAAUCCCUGUUCACAAUGGCAUGAGCGCUUAGCACACUGUCAGUUACAGAGCAGUCAGAUUUUAAAGCGAAUUAGGCCCUAUCCCCAAACCACCUUUUUACAGAGUUAUUCCUAGUCACUACUAAUGUACUGUUAACAUUGUGGAGAUAACAGAAUCGCUACAGGGUUAUUUGCUCCUUUAUACAUUCAGAUGCUUUCUCGCUAAGGUUGUAUUUCUUGUGUGAGUUGGAGCCUUUGAUGGACCUCAGCAGAGAUCUAGAGUUAGCCAGCAGGACAGUGACUUUUCAUCAGAGAGCCUCGAAGGCAUGGAAUAUGUGUGGCAGGGUUGCCUGCCUGUUUAGGAAUAACUGUGUGGCUUUGUCUCUUGUAGCUAUCGAGGAGCAAAGGGGGAAUAGAGCUCUCACCUGCCCUUUGCACAAGUCCAAUUGAUGGAUCUCUAAAGGAUAACAAAAGCAAAACAGGGAAGUCCCAAUUCUUGCCGACGACGUUUUUCAAAAGACAAGAGGCUCCGAUCCAGGGGCUAGAGCUCAUUUGCACAUGGCGACUGCGAUGACCCAGCUACAAAUUGCCAGCUAGGACAAAUGUGGCUAGUGAGUGCCUAGUUGAGGACACCCUGUGGGUCCAAUCACCACAGGACUGGACCCUCAAUUAUCGAUAUUUGCAGGAAAUACAAUAAUUGCACGUGCAACUUUGGGUGCUCCUGCACGCAUGUUUUUGCAUAUGGAUCUGCUCUCUCUGUGUUGGAAAAUAUGGCCCAGGAGGGACGCCUGAGAGCCUUUCGUAAAACCCCCUGGAUAACGAACAGUGAAAUAGCCACACAGUUACUCCUAACAACACUGACCCUCCAGUCAGAGUUUUCUCUAGUGAAAAGUGUUGGAGGUGAAAAGGAGGUGCUGCUUUCAUUUUACACAGGGGAGUACAUUUUCUUGUGGGUUCUUUAAUGGCUUUUAUUGCGUGGGUGUGUCAUCUUGCCAGCCUUCAAAUCUUUUUCUCCUUCUCUCUGUAGAUUAAGAUGUGGUGGUGACCGUAGGCGUGAUGAUGGGGUAACAUCCCCGUUUCAAUUCCUGUAAUUUAGUUCUGCCGGAGGUCCCUUUCAGUGAUGUUAACAAGUAAGGCUCCUCCCAUCUGGCCAGACCUGAGCCAGUCAACUCACCUGGGGCUAUGUCUAUGUUAGCACUUUUGUCGGCAAAACUUUUGUUGGUCAAGGGUGUGAAAAAACACCCUACUUGGUGUGGACUGGUGUGGACAGCGGAUACAACUGUGCUGUUGUAAGAUCUGUAGUGUAGACAUAGCCUGGACAUCCUGGACCAACCCCAUACUCAUUCACGUUCUCCAUGACAACCCGAAAUAUCUGUUUUGUUGGGUUCUGGUUUUUUCCAAAUCAACGAUUUUCUUUCUGUCCUAGGGUGGGAAUCCCAACCCUGACUCUUCUGCCAUCAACUCUGCCAUUCCCAUUGAAAAACUUCAGAGUUACUCAAAUGCUUCUUAGAAAUCAAGUUCAGUACUGUAUCACAAGGGGCACUUUAGAAAUGUCUCUCCUCCUCUGAGAUGUGUGUUUUCCCUAUGGAGAAAGCUAUAUAUAAAUAAAUAUAUAUCUAUAUAUCUAUAUCUGUACACUUUGGGCUUCAGAAGAUCAAUAUGUCCCAAAAUAAAUAAACAAAUAAAUAUGAAGUUUACAAGAAAUCUCUUCUGUUGUUGAAUAAUAGUAGUUACUGGUAAUCCUACCACAGAGAAGGCAGUAAAAGUGGGCAGACUGCUGCUGUCGUUUAAGACCUGAUUCAAAGCCCAUGGAAGUCAGGGGAAAGGUUUUCAUUGACUUCAGUGGUCUUUGGAUCAAGCACUUGAACUGCAGGGUUUCCUGACACGGCAGCCUGUAAACAAGCCCUGGUGCACGUGUAACACUAUGUCCAGUGGAGGAUGUACUCCAAGAUAGGGUACUGAGAACAAGCAAUCGGAGGGUCGGUCAGUUUCACUCUCUUGUUUCAAGCUAAUUUCUAAAACUAACCUGCUGUAUGGGCUACAUCUAAACGCUGUCCAGCAGGAAUAAAAACAAACUAGCUUUAAAAAAAUCACGUGCUCAAAAAAAAAAAAAAAAUCUUGUAGCGGACACAUUAAUUAUGGGGCAUGAUCCUGACCUCACAUAGAUGUAAAUCCAGAGUGGAGCUCAACCAGUCUGAGAUUAGAAUCUGGUCCCAUUUUCCAGCCUUGUGCACCUUGCAUAAUCCCUUAUACUUGUGCCAAGUAGGUGUAAAGUGUUCCCAUUUUGGUUUGUACACUCUGCACUCCCAUUGCGCAGGGCUGAAUGACGAUACACCGAGCAAAACAUUGAAGAAUCAGGCCCACUGGUGCUUGACGCCCUGUGAUUCAUGAUAGCAAACACACACACAGAGUACCUGUUCUUAAAGGCAUUGCUGUUGUCCAAGCUGGUUCUGGACAGGCCCUGAUUUCUCCCUUUCAUAACCUACAAAUUGCUGGGGCUUUUAAAAACAGAUCAAAGCUGCAUCUGUAGCUUUAAAAUAAUAAUAAUAAAUAAUAAUCACUUUUACCUGAUGUCAAACUUAAAAAAAAAGAAGGAUAGUGGCUGGAAUUUUUAAAGGCUAAGUCACGUAGAAGCAGAAGUCCUAAUCGCUUUCAGUAGGACGUCUGCUCCUAAGUCACUUAGGCACUUGUGAAAAAAGCACCCAGGAUACACAGAAUGUAGUGUGUGCAUUGGGGAAUUGUGUUGGCUGCAAAAUAUCUUUCAUUUACUCAGAUUGGAGUGGGGGGCUUAAUUCUGCCACCUUCAGUGGAGUAGCACUUUCUCAUGCACGUAGCUCCACAGAUAUCGAUGGCAGUGUUAGGAUAAGCAUUGCUCAGUGUGGGUAAAGGUGGUGGAAUCAGUCUCCGUAGAAAAGCUUUCCUCGUCAGUUCAUGAAUUCAGAGCUCAUGAACUUGAGUUACUAAAAUUUUGUUGGUUCUUGGUAAUUUAUGGCCAGAUCCUGAAGUCUUGACUCACGGCUUUUUCAGAGAAAACUCAAUAAAGGCCGAGAAGAGACAUCAAGAUUUAGGACCUGAUCACGCUGCCAGUUGUACUUAAUACCACUCAAGCUCCUGGUAAUAAUGGCUAUGCCUGGGAGCACAGCAGCCUUCGGCUCUGCUCCGGCGCCAGAUGGAGCGCAGACAAACUGCUGCAUCCAGAUGGAGUGCUCCAAGUGGGACCAGCAACCCGCCUGCACGUUGUCAAUUGCACGAUCAGGGCGUCCGUGUGCUUCAGACGGGAGUGUGAUGAGUGCAGCCUUUACAUCAAAGUUUCCAACGUGAAAACCUGCACUACUAUAUGAAACUAAAAGAACUCGUUUUAGAUGAAGCUAAGUCAGACCAUUUGCUUUAACGUUCCUUUUUAAACCAGGCCUUUUUUCCUCUUCUGUUGAAUUUGUAAGCAGACCGAGCAAGAGAAGGAAUUUUAAUGACUAACAAUCUGCAGGGCAGGUAGUGUCUGUUUUUUUGAGCCUGGCUUUUGAACAUAUUAGGUAGAUUUGAAAGCUAGUUGUGACCAAAAAGUUUCUUGUACAUUUUACUAUAAUAUAAACAAAGAUAAUCAUAACUUACAAAGGCUUUUAUGAAGACCACCCAUAUAGAAGGAAUCAAGUACAGCAUUUGUGUUUUCCAACUGGCCCCUAAAGUGAUUAAGAUGAGGCUUUGGUUUUGGCGUGGGAAAUUAUCUGCUUAAUCAUAACCCGUCCCCUUUCUAUGUCCGGCAUUCAGUCUGCAAUUAAAUCCUCUCUUUGCUCCAUCAUUGGCGAUUUCAUUUCUCCAAAGCAAUAAACCCACAGCAGGGGAAUACAGCAGUUGUUCACUGUCCAUUUGGGACCUAGUAUUUCCCUACGACGAUGUGAGAGUUUGAAGUGCUCAAGGAGUGCCAGACUGGGGCCCUUAACAAUACUAAGGGACACCUGCAGGGACAAUAAUUGGAGUAUAAACUCCGUAUUCCAGUUGAAUUACAGUACAGAGGGGAAAAGACUGGCGAUAUAGCUACGUAAUCGUGUGUAUUUCUCUCUUCAUACACACGUGAGCUGUGUGUGCCGACCUAAGGUGUGUACAUAUACACAGAUGGGACCGAACCAAAACCUCAAAUCUAAACACUCUCAAACUUUGGGGGAAAUCAGAUCUGGACCCCAAAUUUUGUGUCCAGGCCUCAUUUUGAGUGUGUGCAUGUGUGUAUGUGUAUUGCUGUGUUCUAAUUAAAUGCAGGCUAUCCGAUGAAAAAUACUAAAUUCUCUGUGGUAAGACUUUAGUCUGAUAAUGGAAAAUGCUAAAUAAAACCACGUACUGCUGUUAGCAGCUGCAGGCCACCAGGUUAUAUUAGUCCAUCAUUGAAAUCCAAAUGUUUGAAGAGCCUUAAAUCUUCCUUGAAGGGAAAUGUAAAUUGGGAAGAAAACAGAGCUCUUUGGGGGCCGUUUUUUGUUUGUUUGGCUACAAGGGUCUUGUUGGGUGGGAAGGGAAAAACCAGUAGCAUAUUAUUCUAGUUAUUCAGGGUUUGAUUCUGCAUCAUUCAAGCCAGUGGGAGUUUUGCCAUUGUCCCCAGUAAAAGCAGGAUCAAGCUUGCAUAGUGCAGGGACAAAGGGAGGUUAAUUCUUAUUUUUUCUUUUUCUUUUCUCUUUCCCCCACCAUAGAAUCUGAUGGAAACGAUAUUCCAUCUGCAAUGUUUCUGCUUCCUACUUGUGUACAAUUUAUCCAGGUGGAUUGGUGGGAAACUUAACAACCAGUUAUGAUUUAGUUUAUUAUUGUGUCAGAAAAAUAGCAGGUCCAAAGAUCAGACGGGCUGUUGGAUUCUAGUGUUGGCCUAUUUGUCUUUCUGUUGUUGUGUUUGGGGGGGGAUUUUUGUAUUAAAAGUGGCCUUUCGUAACAAAAAUAAAAAUAAAUAAAAUAAAAUGCCUUUGAGUGGGUUAGAUGGAGGCGAGACCGUAUUGCUGCUUUUGUCGCUGUUGGUGUGAUUGUCUGUUUGCACGCCUGUUUAUAAACGUAGAGAAGUUCAAGCAAAGAUUUUAUUGUGUCUCUGAUUUUUUGUAUGUAGCCUGUGUCUCUUUUGGACUGAUCUGCAUCCUGAGUGAAUUUUUUGCAUUUAAAAAAAAAAAAAGUGUGACAAUUGUUUCGGGUGUGGAGGGGCGGGAAAGGGGGAUUUGAAGAACAUCACCGUGUGUGUAUGGGGAUUUGGAGGGGGGUUGGGCAGGGAAAAGACUUAAUUUGCCUCGUGUGAAAAAGAUACAUUUGAUGUUUGUUUGUUUUUUCCCCUCUUGCUUUCUGUGAUGUAUAUUAAGAAGGGUAUUGAAUAAAGGUAAACAUUUCUUAGCUGGGUUACUGUGAGGUGCUGAAGGUCUCAUCCAGAGCCCAAGGAGGUCAAUGGAAGUCUUUCCAUCAACGGCAGUGGGCUUUGGGUCCGACCCAGAAGGCCCCAAUUCAGCACUCCCUUUCUAUUCAGUAAAAGCACGUAAGCACCUGCUUAGGUCCCAGUGACUUUCAUGGGAGUUAAGCGUGUACUUAAGUGCUUUGCUGAAUAGGGAUGGAUUUAAUCACAUAGGUAAAUACUUUGCUCAGGUGGGAUGCCUUAACUCUCUUGUCGUCAAGGGGAGUUGAAGGUGCUUAGCAGCUGCUCACCCCUUUCAUGGUCAGGCCCCCUUAGACUCUUCUAGAGUAACCAGUUACCAUCGUAACCUUUUUAUAUUUAUUUUUAAAGGACAGUGGAAUUAUAAAAGGAAAACCCCAAUAUUUUGGACCUGCUUUCAGACUCUCAGUGUUGGUGCAGAUUAAAAUUGAUUCCAACACUUUUUAUUUUUAGAUUUCUUCGUUAGUCAAAAUAUCAUCUGUCGGGAGCAGACAAUCGGAGCUAAGAAAGAGGUCGUCUUUUAUAAAUGUAUUAUUUUGAGAGUUCUUUCCUCUUCGUGGCUUUGUUUCUCCUCCUCUGUUUUAUAGUUGUUGUUUUUUUAAGAAGUCCCAAACUUGAAGAGCCAACAAGAUACCAGCACAAACACAGACUCAUUUGCCAGGAUCAGAGACGUGUAAUCAUGGGCAGUGGUUCAGGUGGAUGUUCUUUUUCUCAUUAAAGUGACUUGAAAAUGUUGAUCCUUUUCUGAACUCUAAUUCUGGAUUUCUACACCAGGUUGCAAAAAAUAUCUUUGGCCUGAUUCUCGUUUACCUGCAGGGCUAGUCACACUGUUCGGGCAGUGACAAGGGUCCUUAGAGUCGUCGUUAGUUACAUUUAUGCCCAGUUUAUGCUGCUGGAGUGGUGUUAAGGGACUUCAGUGUAAAUCAGAAUAAAUUCCAUUAAUCUGACCCCUUUCCUGGUGCUAAUUACAUUGUGAAAUAGCAUUUUUGGUGCUCUCCAGAAUGUCCCAACUUCUUUCAGAGUGGCAGGCUGCAUUACACAGGAAACCUACUAAUACUUUUGCUUCCAGGUAAGCAUGCUGACCCUCGUCCACCUCCUGCCUAACCAUUGCCAUCCUGUACUUUGGUACCUUUCUUGAUUCCUCACGCAUCAUGCUUUUCUUGUUCAGAAAGGCUGUAAACAAUCAGUUCUCUCGACCAGGCUGCAUAACACACACACACACGUGCUCAAACCAAAACAUAAAGUAUCACGGGCCCGAUCCUGCAAGGUGCUGAGUGCACUUGUCGAUGGGACAGCUCCCACGAGUAAAGGUUUCAGGAUUUGGCCUGUACAUGCACAGAAGAACUGAUAUGGACUCCUUACAGACACAAUUACUACAUUCCUGAUUCAACAAAGCACUUAAACAUGGGUUUAAAUUUUAUGCAUGUGAGUGGUUCCAUUGACUUCUAUGGGACUAUUCUCAGAUGUGCUGAAGUGUUUUGCUAGAUCAGGGCCUAGGGUGGGAGUGGAAAAUCAAACCGUCCCAUUCCCACACUUAAGUCUUCUAAAGAAACCUUCUUUCUAUAUAGAUAGAGAUACAAAUGUCUAUGUCUAGAUAUCUAUAGAUAGAUCAUUUAAGCACCUUUGUGGCUAAAAGUAUUUACCUUUAUCAGCUCUGAGAUCUUUUCAUUCGGAAUCCUUCUAUUAAAGGCAUUGGUUAUAAAUGCAAAGUUACUUCCAAUGCUUGCCAGUGAUUCAGUGGCAAGUAACCCUAUUGUCCUUCUAUUGAGCAUCACAGGAAAGCCAAGCAAUCUGAAACCAAUCACACUGGGCAAAUGCUGUCUUUGUUUACAGUGCGGACUUGUCACUGUGUUAUCAAUUUAUUGAAAUAUUAAAUAUUGAAAAACCUAGACUGUAAAGAUUUUUAUGUGUUUGGAUACAUCUGCUCUGUGAAAAAAAAACUAAUUUUGUACAUAUUGUAUUUUUACUAUUCAGCUGUAUUAUAUUGGCUCUUCAUGCUCCAGAAUUUAGGUAUCAGACAUGAAUAAUAUCCAUGUAAUAAGCACUUGCCUGAAAUAAAAUAUAAAACUGAAAUAAACAUGCACUGAAACCUGAAAAA